GGCCGCCUGCCCCGCUACCUGAUCCACCAGACCCUGGCUGCCACCAUGUUCGAGUUCGCCUUCCACCUGCGGCAGCGCGUCGGCGAGCUCUGCGCCAGCGGCAGGCCCUGAGCGCCUCGGACAUUCCUGUGGGAAUGGGAGCCCCGGCUUGGGAUGAGCCUGGGCAGUGCUCGGCGCCUCCUUCCAACACUCUCCCUCCUUCCUGGGUGCCCUAAACCCGGCCUGGUGCGUGCCAAACCCCUGCCCGCACGGGGCCCCCCUCACGCAGGGUGACCCCAGGCUCCCACAGGAGGACACAUGAGGGUGAGGACCCCUCUCAUGGGGGUGAAGCCCCAGCUCUGCCCCACGGCAGCACCCCGGAGGGGACAAGGGGGUGCUCUGGGCUGUUCCCCGGUGCUUUGGGCUGCACAAGCUGCCUCUUGCGGGGGGGGGGGAAGGCAGAGCCUUGAGCAGAGGCUUUGCUCCCUGGGGGGUGCGGGGGGGCUGGUGCGGGGGUGACUGCGGCUUCUCUCUACCUGUGAGCUAUAAAGAGAAGCAGCGAAGCCGCCUGCACACGGGGCCCACGCUGCGGUAGGGGCCGGGCCCCCCCCCCACUGGGGCUCUCUGCAGCCCCCCCCCCCACAUCCUGGGGGUCUGGUGUCCCUGCGAGGGGGGGGGACACGUCAGCAUUAAAAGCCUUGCACUGUUUGCUCGUUGUGUUCCGCAAACCCCGGGUAACCCGAGGGAGUGACAGCGAGGAGGACACCAAAGGGUGGCUCCUCCGUGGUCCUUUUGGCCAUGGGUGCCCCGUGGCCCCCACCCCAUGGUGUCACUGGCAGCUCCUGGAGCAUCCUUGCCCAUGAAUCCCAGUUGUUCCCUUUGGGAGCGGGAUGACCGUGGCCGCUGGCACCCUGUGAGCACCCAUCUGUUGGCAGCCCCCAUCUGUUGACCCUGUAAAUAGCCCAGCCUGGGGGGGGGGACGACACCUUUCAGCCAGCACCCCCCCAGCACAGCCUGUCCCUGCAAUGGGACCCUACUGGUCCCACCAAUGCACUGGGAUGGGUGGCACAGGCCACCAAAGCCGUCCCCACCUCGGGGUCCAUCGCUGCCAGGCAGGGAAAGGCCAAACGUGCCCUGGGCUGGAGCCGGGGGGGGUCCUGGCAGCGCCCUCCCCACGUCCCCAUGGAGGGGACGCGGCUCUGGGGGUGUCACCGCAGCCACACGGGGCUGAGCGUGGCUGGACACACACACACACACACACACGGGGCGACACACGUGUCCCCGGUGCCACCCCCUGCUUGGCCUGAGGGGGCCCUUGGCACCGUCGUGGCCCCACGGUGCCAGCGGCACGUCCCAAAAUAGCCUCCUUGGGGCUAUAUAAGCGCUGCAGCGUGUUGGGGGGCAGCAGCAGCGCGUUGGGGGGCAGGAUGCUGGGCCCCAGCGCCGUGGUGUGCACCGGGGGGCUGCUCUCGGGGGCCCGCCUGGGCUGCCGGGUGCGGGAGGAGGACAUGGGGCGGCGCGAGACCUUCAGCGCCGAGUGGUUCGACCUGGAGCUCAGCACCCGGCCUGAGGAAGGGUGGUGCCGUCGGGAGGUGGACGAGCAGCGCCGGGAGACGCUGGAGCAUCGCGGGGAGCUGCGGGUGCUGGAGCAGCGCUCGCCGUGGGGCGUGCUGCGGGUCGGCUGCUUGGGGCAGCCCCUGACCCAGCACCUCCUGCCCUACGCCCGCACCCUGCCCCUGCCCCUCUUCGCCCCCCAGGACCUCCGUGGCGCCAAGAACGGGGUCCCCCGCACGCUGUCCCGCUCCCUGUCCCACGAGGCCCAGAGGGGCUGAGGGUGACAAUGGGGACAGAUGGGGUCUGGGGUGGGGGGGAUGACGGUGAUGAUGAUGAUGAUGGGGGGGGCUCUGCAAAGGGGCAGCACGGGAAGGUGGUGGUGGGAUGUAGGGGGUGGGCUCCCAUUCGCCUGGGAGCCCCCACCCCAUAGCGGGCAUCGAGGAGGCCGGUGGGGAUGGAGGGGGGGUCCCAGCAGCACCGGAAGCGACUCUCAUAUUCCCUGGCAAAGGAAAGGGGGGGGCGAGGAUGGGGAGCGCUGAAUGAACCCCCCCACCAGGGCCAACCGGGGCCCUGUGGGGGGGGCUGUGGGGGCUGCGGUGGGGUUGUGGCAAUGAUGGGCUUUGUAUGGCAAUAAAAUGCCCGGCCUG